AUGACGGACCACAACAUUCCCUUCAAAGUUGACGUGGAGCGGAUAGUAAACGAUGGCCGACACUAAAGCUGAAAGCUCGUCCGACACCUCCGUUGGGAUGCAGAACCCGAACGCGCCGUCUCAGCCCAACAACCCGCUCUCGAGGAAGCUCAACAAAAUAUUGGAGACGCGGCUGGAUAAUGACAAGGAAAUGCUGGAGGCGUUGAUGGCGUUGUCUGUCUUCUUCACGGAGAACAGCCUGCGCACCAGAAGAAACCUAAGAGGUGACAUAGAGAGACGAAGUUUAGCUAUCAACGAAGACUUUGCACGGAUAUUUAAAGAAGUUAAAGAGGAGCUGGAAAAUGUCCAUGAGGAUGUCCAGGCCAUGAGCACGUGCUGUGAAGAAAUGACCAGCAGGUUGAAGGCAGCAAAAGAGCAAACACAAGACUUGAUCAUCAAGACCAACAAACUUCAAGGAGAAAAUCACCGGCUGGAGGUGAGAGCUCAGGUGGCGCAGGCCUUCCUCGGCAAGUUCCAGCUGUCUAACGAGGAGAAGGCGGCGCUGCGAACGGCGAGGGAUGGACCCGUUACUGAGGACUUCUUCAGAGCUCUGUGCAGAGUGAAGAACAUCCACGAAGAUGUUAAGAUCCUCCUGCGGACCAACCAGCAGACAGCAGGACUGGAGAUCAUGGAGCAGAUGGCCAACUUGCAGGCGGCGUCUUACGAGCAGCUCUAUCGCUGGGCCCAGAAUGAAUGCAGAGGUCUGACCCAGGAGACGUGUGACAUCAGCCCGGUGCUGACCCAGGCCAUGGAGGCCCUUCAGGACCGUCCUGUCCUCUACAAGUACGUGCUGGACGAGUUUGGAACUGCACGCAGGAACGCAGUGGUGCGAGGGUUCAUCGACGCCCUCACGCGCGGUGGGCCGGGCGGAACCCCCCGCCCGAUUGAGAUGCACUCACAUGACCCAAUGAGGUAUGUGGGGGACAUGUUGGCGUGGCUACAUCAGGCUGCUGCUUCUGAGAGGGAACAUCUAGAAGCACUGCUCAAACAAGUCACCACGCCAGGGGUGGCGGAGGACAUGCAGGAGUUGGUGGGACACAUCACUGAGGGCGUCUGCAGGCCUCUUAAAGUUCGGAUCGAGCAGGUGAUUGUGGCUGAGCCCGGUGCCGUCCUGCUGUACAAGCUGUCCAACCUGCUGAAGUUCUACCACCACACCGUCAGCUCCAUCAUCGGAACCAGUGUGGCCUCGCUGCUCAUGACUGUUGAUGAAAUGCACGUCCUGAGCAAGAAGAUGUUCUUCAACAGCCUGAGCCUUCACGCCAGUCGACUCAUGGACAAGGUGGAGCUGCCCCCUGCUGACCUGGGUCCCACUGCAUCCCUGACACAGACUCUGUCCCUCCUCAGAGAGGUCCUCGCCUCUCACGACUCUUCUGUGGUCCCUCUGGAUGCCCGCCAGGCCGACUUUGCCCAGGUCCUGUCCUGCAUUCUGGACCCCCUCCUGCAGCUCUGCACAGUGUCAGCCAGCAAUCUGGGCACCGCCGACAUGGCCACCUACAUGGUCAACUCACUCUACGUCAUGAAGACGACUCUGGCGCUUUUCGAGUUCACCGACAAGAGGCUGGAGAUGCUGGAGUUCCAGAUCGAAGCUCAUCUGGACACGCUGAUCAACGAGCAGGCGUCCUAUGUGCUGACCAGAGCCGGGCUGAGCUACAUCUACAACUGUGUCCAGCAGCAUAGCGCCGAGCAGGGCGCUCUCUCGCUCCUCCCUGGCAUGGACGCCUCCUCCAUAAAAGCAGCGAUGGUCCAGUUCGACCGGUACCUGUCGUCACCGGACACUCUGGUGAUGCCUCAGCUCAACUUCCUGCUCAGCGCCGCCAUCAAGGAGCAGAUCUUCCGUCAGUCCACUGACCUGGUCUGCAGAGCGUACAAGGAGGUGCACGCGGCACUGACCAGCCCUGCAAACAGCUAUAGAGAGCCGGAGAACCUGGUGCCGCGCUCGCCCCAGCAGGUUCAGACGCUGCUGUCCUGAGUCUUCGUCAGGGUAUUUAUACAGCAGAAUAAACGUGUACAUGAGCGGUUGUAGGUGGGGUUCCUUGUUCCACUGUUUAUAGAAGCUCCUCUGAGAGGGAAGGACAUUUACAUGAGUGUAUUUCCAGCUGGAAUUCUCACUCAUUGUCUGUACUGUGGGAAUGUAAAAGUCUUUUUAAAUUAAUAUUAUUAAACAUUUUAUGUCUAAAAAACAAACCUAAAUUCAUCUUAUUUUGCCUUCACACAAUGUUGAGGGACCUGUUUGGGUCACUUGAUAUAUCAUUAGUGGGUUCUUUCACUGCUCCAUUACAUUGCCUCAGUGCACUCAUUCAUUCUUCUGUUCACCACAACAUUCAUCCUUCCGUCUACCAGCUCAUCUUCCCCUUCAUCACCUAUUCCUCAACCAUUCCACCACAAAAUGCUCAUCCCUGUAUAGACAAAUCGCCCCAGUUAACACUCUCCACCUCCAUCGCUCACAUUCUCUCCACCCACGCCUGCACCAGGAUACCUAUUCAUCCCUCUAUAACCCAACCGCACUUCAGUCAGUCAGUCAGCAAACUCCCUUAGCUCAAGUGCUAACACUUUUGUCGUCCCCUCAACAGUACACCCAUCCAUCCUUUCAUCCUCCAACACAUCCAUCUGCCAUAGAAUCGUCCCCACCAUACAGCACUAUCAGUCCUCCGACUACAACACUCAACUUUCCCCCAUCAACUCCACCACCAACCCUUGCAACUGUCCCUACACUAACCCAUCUAUCCAUCUCUCCUGUUUUAGGACACUCGGUGAACUAAAAUGGACGAAUGAAUGACUGAUUCUGGAGUUGCUUCACUGAAUGAAAUGACUUUUUCUACGCCUUUUGAGGUUAAAUCUUCCGUGGCGCUCAGUGAACCAGCGAUGAGUGUCUCCAAACUGAACUUUUGAUUUCUGCUUCCUGACGUCAGCACUUGUGUCCUCAUCUGGGCUGAGUUCCCUGCGACCUCGACAAGUGUAGCAUCUGGAUCCUGCUGUCGAGAUCUGGCGAGCAGUGCGGCGAUAACGCCCAGCUGUGUCAUGAGGGGCCGUGCUGGCCUACUUGUCUGCUCAGCACGUGAGCGCUUUUCCUGUCACCGCUCCACUAAUGAGCCGGCAGAUGUGAGCCAGCACUUAGUGGCAGGUACCGGCAAGCAGCCCAGCAAACAUUCAUCCCAUCAUCCGCUCCAUAUGACAGCAGUCGCUGAGCUUUUGAGCGCUGGAGCGUGAGAUCUGGGUGAGAGGACAAGGCCCCUUCAGCCGCCCGCUUCACACCUCCAUGUCUGAUCUGUUACAUCAGCAGAAUCGGUGAGACACUAAAACUUUUUAAGGACAUUUUCAGGCAAUCCUGUAUUUGGACACUUAUAUUUUCUUCCACAUAUACGUAGAGUUUGAUGCUGUGGUUGUUUCUUUCCAUUUGUUCCGCCAUCCGUUUUCUUUGUCUCAUUCAAGUUCCUUCUUGUCCGAAGCCUUCAGUAGGGCUCAUACAUUAACCUCACAUAUCCUGGGUCUACCCCAUGGCCUAGUCCUGGUAGGCCCAGAGAGUCUAGACUCAGAAGAAAGUAGCUGCUCUGUGCUUAAUCUUGACCCCUCUGUGGUCAACUUCAUUGGGGUACUACCCAAAGUAGCUGUCCCCAGAGUGGAGUAGAGGUCCGCCAGUAGAGCUCUUUCUGCUUCAGGACAGACUGGUGAAGAAUGCUUACGACUCACUCACUCUCCAUCCUGGUUCCGAGUGAGAACCGCGGAUGUCCUGGACAGGACCCCCAUGAAAGGAAGUAUCAGUUACGCUAAAGGUUGAAAGGACCACCUGCCCCUUUUUUUUUGGAUAACAAACCCUGUUAUCAGGACUUCGAAUGACGAGUUUACACGUCACUUCACGGACGACGCUUCUGCUGAUACCUUGACCCAGACUUCAUGUUUCCCAGCUCUAAUCUUCCUGCUCAGAUAACGCCCCAUCCAAUAGGAAGUUGUUUGCUAAUCAAUGACUGAAUAACGGACUUUGUGCCACUAAGUGGUCAAAUCAGAACCGCCGCCGUGCUAUCAGGUUUGAUUAGACUCACCAACAGGGCCACAGAUUAUAGGCCGUUGCAUAAUAUCCCAAACAGUGUCGACUUAUUAUUUUUGCUUCUCGUUUCCAGAUCCAUCAGUGCAGCUCUGGCACGGCCCAAACUCCUCACCUCUUCAGUUUAGCCCCCUCUUCUGUCUGUAGUCCAUUAGACACAAGAACCUUCUCGUAUUCUCACUUAAAAUAGAGCCCCGUCUCAUUGUGACUCCAAAAUAUCUCGCAUUAUAAAUGCUCUUGGUUGUACUCCACAUUGUUUGGAAAGGUUACUCUCAGUCAAAGCCUCUGCUCUGUUGUGUAAUCGCUCUAUUAGCGCGGGAAAAGGGGGGAAGGGGGGGCCGAAGUACUGACCUGAAACAUGAGCGUACAUAAUGAUCUGCUUUCUCAUCACAACUGAUUAUCCGACGACGAGUUAGGGCCAUUGAUGGGCUUUUGUUUUAAGAAACGAUGGAAGAGGGUGCACACCAAGACCUCCGGGUUCAAGGCCGACCAAGUCUUGUAGGGUUUUUGACCCUUAACAUAAAUGGGAAAUCUCAUCGGUCAAAGUCUUCAGUGGCAGAGAUCAAGCUGGCCAUACUUUUUGCAGUGUUGUGCGACUAAUAUCAUAGACACCUGAGCUCAAGUCUCUCGGUUGCCAAGACUGAAAACAAAUCUUUUAGCUUAAAUCCAGGCAGAUUUUUCGUAACCAUUAUUUUCAGAAUUUUAAGAAUAAAAACAGAAUGAACGGCGUAAUAGCAGCGAUGCUUUAGUUUAAGACCAAACUUGGUAGGACCAAAGAAUUUAGACGAAAAUGACAUGAUCUAAAGCAGUGGUUCUUAACCUUGUUGGAGGCACCGAACCCCACCAGUUUCAUAUGCUCAUUCACCGAACCCUUCUUUAGUAAAAAAUAAAAUAUGAUACACUAACUGCAGACUAGACUGAGGGGUGGACCUCUGCGGCGGAGGCUCCACCGAACCCCUGAGACCGACUCAACAAACCCCUAGGGUUCGAUCGAACCCAGGUUAAGAACCACUGAUCUAAAGGCAAAAAAAUCAAGACCACCUUUUGGUUUGUACAGCUGAUACAUGUCCAGGUCUCAAGGAGGUACGAGACUAGAGCUAAGGUGAAGACUUCAUGGGUAGAAACCAAGAUACCAGCGCUACUUGAUGCGGCCAGAUAUCCGCACAGCACCAAGACUGUGCAGCGUCAAUCCUGAAUCAACAAUUGUGACUCAGUUACUAGAGAAAAGUUAGGACCACAACUUUGUGGGGGGUAAAACCUAGAUAAGACUCUUUUAGAGUUAUGAACAAGGUUGCUCUACGACUUUCUAAGGGUUGACCCAAAAUAACCCUAAAACUUGAAGGAUGUAAAACCGUUGAGGGUUAAUCUUAAACAGGAUUAAGACUUGAGACUAGUCCAAACCUUAAUUCCGUUUCAAGUGUAAACCUCUGAACAGGUCUGAUCAAGGAUUCUUAAUAUUGAAUAUAGGCAUCAAGAAAUUUGAAGGCUUAAGAAGCGAUCGAGGUGUGGAGCAAAAACUAUCUCAGAGAUAAGAUCUACUCAUCUGGGAGUGACUUGGUCCUGAUGUGCAUUUGUCCCGAAGUGAUUUCACGACAACAGUGUUUGUGAAGUGUGUGGUGUGGAAUAGAGUCUAUUCUAUUGUUGUCUUCGCUUUCACGUGCCUUCGAAACGCGAGGAUCGGCUCGUCCCUCUGACUGAUAACUUCUCCACAAAGUCAGCAUUUGCUAGUCAGUCAUUGGACUCGUUAUGAAUGCGUGUCCAUCUGCCACCGCCGAGUCAGACUCCCCGGCUGACCAGAUGCACGUCCAGGUGGCCUGAUAAACCAUCAUUUGAAGCUCCGUGUCCAGUCGUGGGAUGAGAGCGGAGCGCGGACAUGACUGGUUCUGUCUGGCCACAGAUCAGCCAAUGGCCGGGUGGAAAAAAAAGCCCGGACCCCCUGACGGUGCCCCAGAAUGCUGUACCGAGCUGUGAGUCUCCAUUGUGCAAGUCUUCUCCUCCGGGCAGAAACUUGUUUGCUUUUGCUGCUCUGAACACUUUGUCCACAGUCCAACGCCAGAGCGGCCGGUUAUUUCUGUACCAUUGGUGACGGAGGCGGCCAUUGUUGUUGGACCGUGGUCACCCCUGAACCCCCCCAGCCCAUCAGAGUAAUUGCUGCUAAUAGGAAACUGGACUGAGUGGAUGUUGAUGAGAGUCCCGUCUGUGUUGUGACUCCCAGGAUUCAAAUCGAGAGAUGUUUAGGAAUCAAGAGAAAAAGACUUUUUGGAGUCAGGAUUAGACUUCGGCUGUGUCCCAUUUCUCACCCUAACAAUAGCACGUAACACUAGCACUUGGUUUUGAGUGGCCUCCACUAUGAAGUGGCCUCCGGCGACGAAGUGAAGUGAGUGACGUCGCGAAGAAUUGGGCCAAUACUACACAAUGUUACGCUUUAAAGACAAUGUGUCAUUGGCUGCCGUGCUGUUUCCUGCAUAUCCAGUGUUGGAGACGUUUCGGAAAUGCCAGCCCCAAUGUUUUUGCAACCUCUUGCAUCUGCGUGGAUAAUCUCACUUGGUUUGGUGAACCAACGGAGAAGAAAUGGUCGGAGCCGAAGCCGGCUUCUUUGGUAUCCUGGAAAUCUAUCCACACUUCAUAUUACCACGUUUCAAGUCAGC